GAGAGAGCGAGAAACGAAGAGGAAGGGAGGUGGGGGUGGGCAUGUCUCCUAAGAGCAUUAUGAGUGCGUUUGUCUGUGACAUUACCGGAGAGUGCUGUCACUGUCAUAUGGCAAGCCAAGGCAGCCUCGACUGAUUUAGAGCAGAGACUGUUAUUACGGAUCGCAACUGUUCAGCCUCAGCUAUUCCCACCGGAGUCCCGAGCGGAACACAGCCUAUCGCCGAGCUUUCUCCAACAACCUCUUGUUCGUUAAUGGAGUUCCGUCAGGGCAGUGGUGAUUACUGCCAAGCUCAACAUCGCAACGCUUAAUCCCGGGUGGAUAUGCUCAGAUCCGCCCCUGAAUGUCCAGAGAAACACCUUCACUGCCCUUCUCUUGCUGGUCUUUUUGACUGACCAACUCGCUGUGCACCAAAUGGGUUAACUGGCAUCGCUGCACCUGGCAUUUGGCUACCGGACACUGUUCCACUAGUCUAGUUGCCACUCAAAGUAGAAAGAGGCAUUGGAAGAGGAAGAUUCUUGUGGCCUACAAAAUCCCAUGCAGCUUAAAUUUUUCAUGUACUGAUUAAUAGAGAUAUAUAUAUAUACUUUUAUCAGAGGAUCCUGCUAAUUCCUGAUCUCCUUCACUGUGAAAGUGCAUCUGCUGUAGCACUGCUCUGUAGACCAGAGUAGUGCUGUACUGUAAGUGGACUGUUGAGGAUCCUCACCCGGAUUGGGUGUUUCGUUUUUUAUAAAGUGCAGAGACACCAGCAUGGUCAGGAUGAACCGUCCGGCUCCUGUUGAGGUCUGCUACAAAAACAUGCGAUUCCUGAUCACACACAACCCCACCAAUGCAACAUUAAGCAGCUUUAUAGAGGAUUUGAAGAAAUACGGAGCAACAACAGUGGUCCGUGUAUGUGAAAUCACCUAUGAUAAGACACCACUGGAGAAGGAUGGAAUUACCGUCAUGGACUGGCCAUUUGAUGACGGUGCAGCUCCUCCUACGAAGAUUGUGGAUGACUGGCUCAGUCUGCUGAAGAAUAAGUUUCGUGAGGAUCGAGGCUGCUGUGUGGCUGUGCACUGUGUGGCUGGACUGGGUCGUGCUCCAGUCCUGGUGGCUCUGGCGCUUAUAGAGAGUGGGAUGAAAUAUGAGGAUGCCAUUCAGUUCAUCAGACAGAAACGUCGGGGCGCCAUCAACAGCAAGCAGCUGACAUACCUGGAGAAGUACCGCCCCAAACAGAGACUGCGUUUCAAAGACCCACACAACCACAAAAGCAAGUGCUGCCUCAUGUGAUCCAGUUUCACCAGCCUGCCUCUGAAGCACCCAUUCAUUAUGGACUAAAAUUACCAAUCCAUCGCAUUUGAACUCUUGUUACUUUUCAGGAAGGGAAUUUUACCCCCUUUGGUGUAUAUACGGGACCCCUUCACACAGGGUCUUUACCAUCUCAGGGCAGUGAAAGACAAGCCUCUUGAAUUUUGUCUUUACACACAAACCCCCAUCCUAAUUGUUUUCACAAAUAAAUUGUGAACACCCACACAAACACUAAUGCAUACUCUUCUACACACUCAAAUUUGCAGUCAACACUCUGUACAAACAGCACACAGUCCAAAGAUGAUCAUGGCCAGCCACCUGCUCCUCUGGCAUGGUGAACCACAAUGAGGUCACAGAACAAAAUCACUGUUUAAUGUUACCCUCUUUAUUUCUUAUGAAACCACUUGACUGUCCUGAUCUUAAUUGUUUAAUUAAGGAGUUUCAGAAUGCAUGUCACUAAAGUGACCAAGCUUUUUUAAGGAUGUGAGUGACUGGGUUGGCCUAGCGCUCUUUUUUUACAUUGUACCAUGAAUCUUCUACGGGAUUAGAGUUUUGCACCACUGGCUGUUAAUUAUUAGAACUGGGGGAGUCAGUGAAGUCUAGAUUGUCACAUAGCACACAUUCACAUUUUUACUAAGUUUUGACUUGUUUUUGCUGCCUUUGAGGUGUUUUGGGGGUACACAGUGAAGGUCAGAUCUCUUUUGUGAACUUGCUCACAGCAUUGCUUUGCUCAUAUAAAAGUCCAGCUAAUCUGAAACACUGCAGUGUCCCAGAAUGCUAGCAAUGAACUGAGAGGAAUCCAUGCUUAAUUUAAUAAAACCAUAAGAGAGCGUUCUUACACUUCAUUCAAAGUAAUAAUCCAGAAUCGCGGCGUUAUGGAAAAUUGCACAAUUUUUAUUUAUUUGUGCUCACUUGACACUGUGAUCACUUGUCACUGUUAUAUUAUGGAGACUAUAGAAUUUCAGAAUCAAUGCAAUUUCAGAGUAAAAGGAUGGUUCACCCAAAUAAGAACAUUCUGUCAUUAUUUACUCAACCUUAUGUUGUUGCAAAUUAUAAUGACUUUAUUUUAUCCGUGGAGCACAAAAGGAGAUGUUAGGCAGUAUGUUAGUCCCACUUUCAUUGCAUCUUACAACAAAAGUUAAUGGUGACUGAGGUUGUCAUUCUGCUUAACAUCUCUUUUUGUGUGCCACAGAAGAAAAUCAUACAGGUUUGGAGCAAGUUGAGUGAAUGAUUACAGAAUUUUCAUUUUUGGGUGAACUAUCCCCUUAAACUAUUUUUCUUCAUAAUGAGAAAUGGCAUCACAUGAUCUCUGCCUAACCAAUGGUCCUGUAGACACCAUUGAAGGAAUGUCUAAUUGUUCUGCAAAUCAGAUUGCGCAAUUAAGCAAAUAUUAAAGAAAUGUCCAAUAAAGGUGUAUCUCUGCAUAAUUCUAGAAAACAUAUAGAAGAAAGAUUACAUUUGACAAAUACAGUAUAUAUGUUUACCCUUCAAUAUUCCUCUACAAAAGUAAAGGCAGGAGACUAGCCAUAUCUAAUUUUAAAGGAACAGAAUUAGCUCACUCCAGUUGAGAUCUGAAUGUUCGGAUGGGGGAUCAGGUUGUUACAUUUGCACCUCUAACUUUGCUAACUAGACAGAUUUUGUAUUCUUGAGGAAGUAAUGUCACUCACGAGACAGAGUUUCACAGACAAGCUUUUUGCUGUGUAGGAGAGAUAUAUUUAAAUCUAAAGUGGUUCUUCAGUUAAAAGUAAAUGAAGCUGCCAUAUGUUGCACAUAUAUAAGGGCUUUUUCCACCAAUAUAUACAGAUCCGUAAUGAAGGAUGAGCAGGUCAGUGAGGCUUUACAUUCAAACUGUAUCUCAUGUUUAUCUUGCCCUCAUUCACUCAGGAUCCUGAAAAUAUCAUCUUAAUCAUUCACUUACAAGUCUGAACCUAGCCCAUUUUUCUCCCCUAAUAUUCAGUCAGAGCUCCAUCAGUUUCAAUUAGCGAGUUCUCAGAGCUGAACUCAUUACCCUCACCUUGGGUGACAUAGUAGUAUCUAUCUUAAAAUGUGUGUGGGAGGUAGAGAUAAUCUGAUUUGGGUAUGACACAAUGAACAAGCAUUCGUUGUUUCCCUGAUCAUAUCUAUCUGUACUUUUUCAUAUGAAUAUGAUUGAUAAAAUGAGCUUUAAUACGACAACACAGAAAGUUAAAAAUGUUGUAUAUAUGUCUCUUAUUUUGUAAAAAUUGGUUCAGUUGUUAAAUCUGAAAUCUGGAUUUGUAAAAAUAAAGGAAAUCAA